AUGUCUGUAGAGUGCCAAUUCAACAGCGCCGAAGCCGAAGAAAGCAAGCGGAUUAUGGGUUUCGGGACAGCGCCUGGCUCUGGUGAUCAACGUCGUCGCCCUUCCCCGAGGCCUGAGCGAAGAUUUAUCCAUCUCUGGCAUCUUCUGCGCUCCUUCCUUCAACGACCAUCCGACGAUAACAUGGCACGCGCAGAGACAGCAGCGAGGACAGUGGCUAUCGACCCGCUUUCACCCGUGGACUCAGCCAGCUCCGAUGAGGAGACGGCGCGCCACGCGGCAGUGAGGUCGACAGUGUCACUCGACGCGCUCUCAGCCAUGGACGAUCAAGAGCUUAGCCAAUUCAUGCGACAGCAUCACAGCGGUGAUCGAAACUACACGCUCUCAGUUGACGGACAGAGAAAGCUGUCAGACGACGAACGGAGUCGCCUCGCUCAGAGAUUAGUGAACCUCGCUCAGGGCCUCAAUGCAAACUCCCAUCCGCUCGAUCUCAACGAACUCGAUGUCCGUUUAGGUCGACUUCGUCCCAACUACUUGUCGAAUGCGCGAAAUGAACCGCAUACCGGCUCACAAUCGGCCUCCGACGACGAGUCGCCCACCAACUCAAACAUGUACAAAACAGUGGACGAAAUCAACGCUUACAACGAGCUCAUUCGUGAUGGUGGUCGCCCCGUGUACGCUAUCGACAUCAUUCAGGAUGUAUUUACAGACCCAGAUAGUUAUCGGGACAUGUUGCGACCCUGGCAGGAACACUUGACGCAAACCAGCCCUUCGGGGGUGUUUCAAAGACAGUUGCGAAGCUGGCAGGGCUUUCGCCAGUGGCAACGCGACAACAGAAAUCGCAAGGACUCGGACGACGCUGUUAGUUUUCUUACCUAUGUCGAGGGGGAAAAGCGUAAAAUAAGCCAAGACCCUCUCCACAUGUCACCCCAGGGUAAAGAGCGAAGAGCAAACUCAUAA